AUGGACCUCCUUAACAAGUUGAACCCGGAAUUGAUCGUUGUGAGUGCAGGAAAUAAAUACUGGCAUCCGUCUCAUCCCAGCAUCCCAGCAUGGGCAACCCUCGCCUACCUGAACGCCCGGCUUCUGGAUAAACCCACUAAAAUGAAGCCCUUGCUUGCUACACGAUACCCAUACUACUGCAUGCCUGAAGGCACCAGCGAUAAAUACGAUCGGAAGGGAUCAUACGGAGAUCUUGUGGAAUUUGUGAGUGGCGACAUUAAGUUGGAUAAUAACAGUGUCUGGAAGCAGUACCUGGACGACCUUGCCAACCGGUAUGUGGAGUUUAACAAAACAACCAAGCCCAAUGUGCAAGAUUUCCGCGAGCAGGCGAAAGCGUUCUAUAAAGGGAUGCAGUCAAAAGUCGACAAGUACAUAAAGGAGCACAGCGUUGAAAACCUUCGAAAGCUCUUGAUCGAGUAUAAUUGCCAGGUUUGGAUGGCCUGGCAAAUCGACCAGGCGUGGCAGGCGUGCCUCAGCGAAAUGUACAGUAUGACCUACAGAGGCAAAUUGGAAAAGAGCAAAAAACCACUUGCCAUCUGCGUUACCAGUCACCAGGAGUCCAUGGAUUGGUACUGGGUAACAAUCUUUCAAGAAGUCACAGAAACACGGGUCGCGGGGAAUCGGCCAGCUACGGCAGUUACUGCGGUCCCUGGUGUUGUUGGCCUGGUAAAUUUAUAUGGGGAUGUUCCAGAUACGCUGCUCGGAUUCUCAGAUCAGGCGUUAAAAGAAGCUAUAGAGGGAGCAGACAAAAUAAAGCGAAAAGCGACGGCAGAUGAGAAGGUCAAGGGAAAACGGCCUAAGCCUUCAGAGAGCGAUACUGUCGCUACGGCGGGUUCCGAUAUGAGUCCUCUGUUACCCAUCAUAUCAAACCCAUCCCCUGCACCAACUCCAUCUCCUCCUAUCCCGGACGGGUACUGGUAUGCCGCCAGCACGGAAUCUACCGAUCCUCGUAUCCAGACGUUACCCAAGGGUACGGAUCUGGACAGCUUUAUUGGGGGGUUGCAUUGGCGGAUGUUCGGGCUGACUGCAAAGCCAGCGGCUGGAACUGCCCAACAAUUCCUCAAAAAGGACGAAUGGUUGAGCUGGAGUACAGACACCAUUGGGGCAAGUCAAAUGACUGUAAUCACUGACAAUAGUGGAAUACCAGACAGCUUCCAAGUACAGAUUCCUGCUCCCUGGUCGCCGAAGGGUCUUCUGUCCUUUGAUAGCGCCGCCGUGACCGCGGCCUUUGGGUUGAAAACGGCACUGCCGAACCAUGGAAUUGUCAGCCAGCUUGAUACGAUGGUCUUUGCCCUCGUAUCUGCUACAGAGCAGUCAGCACAUGCAACCCUCAAAGAUAUAUUUUCCUAUGCAGGGCUCUCCACACUCACUAACUCACCGCUCGGUAAGGUAAUUGGAGAAAGUGUGAAUCUCACACUGCGUAUGGGCCCUGGAAUCAGGAACGCGGUCUGGUUUGCUCCCCAUGGGUUGUACCGGACCAGUAUGCGCCUCGAAUGGGUCUUUGAUGACGAGGGAAUUAAGAGGCUCGAGCAAUUAUUCAACUUUGAGGGGAAAAUUCCAAUUAAAUCCGCCAGCCUAACCACCCGAAUUGCCGGCUGCUGGAAUUUGUCAACGAAUGGUGUGCGGGUAGCAACCUCCAACCACGCCCUCCUGGUGGUGGAUUUGGGUGGUAACGUAUUUGCUGGCUUUCAAGCAGUCGUCCAAUUUGACACUAAAGCUUCCUGGAUUGAGUUGCGUUUACAAACCAAAGACAAAGAUAUCCAGCUAACUCAAAUCCUUACGUGGCUAUCUAAAGAGGUCAAAAAAUCGUUCAAUGAUCUGGAUCCUACCGUUGAGUUGCAAGAGCUACUUAAAGCUGUCACAAGCAUGCUGGAUAGUAUCCGCAUACGUGAAUUCAGCAUAGAAAUUGACAUAUCUACCGGAAAGCCGGAGAUUCGAAGCUGGGGCUUCACUCUCGAAAUCCCCCUCAAAGUCGAUGGUUCCCCCACGUGUGUCUUCACCUACUGGAGCAUGACGGGGACACUGUCAGGCCGUCUAUGGUUUCAAUCAGAUGAUGCGAUUCCCGUCUGCUUACAGCCCGAUUGGGAAGAAGUCCUAGACUUGCAACCGUACAAUAAGUCUGAAAAGUCGUAUUUGGAUCUCAAUUCAUUGCUGCAGGCUGGCACUCAGCAGAUCCCUCAGGGGCUCCCUACGGAGUUAGUGGAGGCUAGUAUCGAGAUCACCAAAAAGUCUCUGAUUAUUCGAGCAGAUGCGAAAUGCCCGGUCAUCCAAAAUACCAGCUCGGUGCCGCCCGUGGAGCUAGAGGAUAUUAGCCUUUAUGUUGAGUAUGAUAUGACCACCAAGGCUGUGAUGUGUGAGGCUGCUUUCAAGCUAGAGUUGAUCAGUGCUAAUGAAGAGUAUGAAGAGCCCUCUGUGAUCCUUGACGGGUCCAUUUUGUAUGAUUCUACAAGCAAAAGCUGGACUCUGGAAGCGAAAUUGCACCCAGUCACUCUCGGUGAUUUGUAUGUAUUUUUUGACCCAGAUGCACAAGACAUUGUCUUGGAUAUUUUGUGCCGGUUAGAGGUUGCUCAGCUCGACUUAACAUAUAAUUAUGCCAAGGGCCAAGGAAGUUCAUUUGAGUUUGCAGGUGGUCUCCAGAUCGGAGACCUCGAGCUGGACCUCACGUACAGCUAUAGUCAAGACGGUUGGGACUUGAUCGCAACGCUGGGUGCAGCAUCCCAAGGUGCCACUUUGGAGACUAUUAUUGAAGGUCUUGUGGGGAAAGAGGAUAGCGAACUCCUUCCCUCAUUUAUUGGCAAUAUCCCCAUCCCAAGCGCGGCAGACAAAGGGGCAGUGAAAAUCCACUGCGCGCGACUGGGGCAUAGUGCAAAGGCUCUCGGUCUCGCAGCUCCGAAUGAUAAUAGGGGGGUUUUCUUCAGCGUUGAAGUGACCACCGGAUUCAUUGGAAACAUUGAGUUGAGUGUGACAUUCAUCCAAUACCGCCAUUUAGACUGGCAGCCAGGCGCAGCACCUAAGAGGGUUCUUAGACUUGCCGUAAGGGACUUGCCAACGGUUAUGAUUGACCUCAUCGGACCUCUUCCACAGCCUUUCGAUCAAAUGUUGUAUCUCUGGGUGAAGGACCCAAGUACUCAAUCUUCUUCCAUUGGUGGACUGUCUCGAGAAGAUAUAAAUACAAUCAAUAAUGAGUUAGAUCCGACUGGAAUUCACCCAGAAGACAGGCUCAUAUUCCGAGAUACCAAAAAGACCAGUGGGGCCAAGGAUAUCGUGUUGGCCUCAGGUUCGCACUUUAUCUUAGUGAUGAGGGAGGGAAAUCAGCGCCAAGCUCUCAUUGACUAUGUAUUCCAAUCUAGCAAGAAAAAAUUGAUCAGUCGUCAAGUGACCACGCUGCAGUCCGGCAAUGCAGAGGAUACUGGAGACACGUCGAUGGCGCCAUAUAAUAAGAAGUCUGGUCCAAUAUCGAUCAGUAACAUCGGCUUCACUCUCAAAGGGAGCACGGUGAUGAUCAUCCUCGAUGCGUCUUUUCUUCUAGGCCCUGUAGGCUUCACUUUCAUUGAGGCUGGAAUUGGCCUGGAUCUGUCCAAGACACACAUCCAGGAUAUCAGUCUGAAGAACGUGCAGUUCCAUCUCGGUGGGUUGGCUGUGCAGUUCGAUCGCUCCCCGGUAAUCCUUGCUGGUGAAUUCACCAUGAUAGAUUCCGGUAACAUCAAGGGGUUUGCUGGGGGAAUUGUCGUAUCAUUCAAACCAUACAUGUUCGCUGCGGCCGGGUUCUACGGCAAGGUGACACUCGACCACGGCGGCAAUGAAUUCACCAGCGUGUUUGUAUUCGCGCGACUGGACGGACCCUUGGUGACGCUGGAACUGGCCGAGAUCUCUGGAAUCACUGGCGGAUUCGGAUAUAACAGCAAUAUUAAAUUUCCGAGCGUCGCGGAGGUAUCGGAGUUUCCCUUCGUAAGCAAAACCGAUCUUGAAGCAAAACCUAUGGAUACCGUGAAGAAACUAGUCAAGGCCGAUGGCACGGGCUGGUUUAGCCCUCGCGAUGGCUCCUUUUGGUUGGCUGCAGGCCUGCAGGUGACCGCAUUCGAGACCUUGGUUUUCGAUGCGGUGGUUGUGGUAUCAUGGAAUCCCAAGGUGAAGCUCGGCAUAUUCGGUAUCGCCGUCGCAGACAUUCCCAAGGGCAGUGAUAUCCGGUUUGCACACGUUGAGCUGGGAAUAGAGAUGGUGGUGGACUUUGCAGCGGGCGUAAUGAAGUUCGAGGCCCAGCUGGCGCCAAGCUCGUAUGUCUUCCAUCCCUCUUGUCAUCUGACUGGCGGUUUUGCGCUUUACUACUGGUUUCACGGCUCCGAGGAGUCUGAACAUGAGGGCGACUGGGUCUUCACGAUCGGAGGCUAUCACCGAGCAUUCCAAAAACCCGCACACUACCCCGAACCAAAUCGGCUAGGAAUCUCAUGGCGUUAUGAUAGUAACAUCAGCAUCACUGGAGAAGCAUAUUUUGCCAUCACUCCGAAAUGCUGCAUGGGAGGUGGAAAAUUGAGCGCUGUCUACGACACUGGACCGAUCCGAGCCUGGUUCGAUGCGUGGGCGGACUUUUUCAUCAACUACAAACCGUUCUACUUCAUGGCCGACAUUGGGGUCUCACUGGGUGCCCAGCUAAGCAUUGAUAUUGGAAUUACCACGCUGCGGUUUAGUGGAGAGCUAAGUGCCUCACUAUCACUGGCUGGGCCGCCUCUGCACGGCGAGGUGAAGGUUAAGAUUCUCGUCUGUACAGUCAAGGUUUAUUUCGGUGAAUCCCCUAGUGGACCGAAGCCUCUAUCGCUGGAGGAUUUCUACAAACUCGUCGUCCAGGCCGAUAAACAGUCCAGCCUUGCACGGACAAUCCUGGAUAUCGGAGCUGGUAGCAUCCCAGUGAUCGACAGCAAAGCACAUAUAUUCAGCUGCGUUCAGGGCAUGAUGGAAGGCGACAAGGAUAAUUCGGAGGUGGAAGAGGGUGCACCCUGGAAGGUUCGUUCGGGAAAUUUUAUCUUCGCAGUGCACUCGACGGUGUCUCCUUCGGACGAAUAUGGGACGCCCGUCAAGACAGGCCCAUCAGUAGAAGAUCAGACCGAUAUAUUUGCAAAGCCAAUGCAUUUGACGUCUCGCCUGACGUCUGAAAUCACGAUCACGAUCCACCGAGAGCGGCAAGCAGUGUUCCUCAAUGACGCGACAGACGACUACGAGUGGAAUCCCACGAAGAUUAUGAAGGCUGUGCCUUCAGCUCUCUGGGGCAUAUAUGAUGCCAGCCAGGACCCCCAGCAACGCGGCAGCAGCACAGAUGAGUUGAUGAAGGGCGACCAACCCGCUAGGAAUCUUUUAAUGGGCAUCCAGGUCGAAUCUCCAAAACCCCAACUAUCACCCGACAAGAUCAAAAAGUUCAACGUGGUAAAUGCAAUGAAGAUGCAGGUCACCAUUGAUGACCCCAAAAAACAGGUUCUUCCUACCUUCCCUGCCCGAGAUGGCCGUUGGUCCCCUGCACCGUCCACCGGGGACAAGACGCAAUGGGACAAGGUGAAAGCGCAGUGGCUAAACCCCGCGCAGCCUCAUGACCGAGAUGUAGCGGUUCAAUGUCUGCCGCAGAUUCUGGGAUGGAAAAACACCUCUUCACUAACCGCAAAAUUACCCAAUCGACUGCUAGACGAUUUCGGCAAUCUGUACAUGGCCGCACCGAUGCUUUCAGUGGCGUGA